CUGGGGGCGCCCAGGUCCGGCCUGUGGCGGAGCCCGACGGGCUGCAGCGAGCGCGGCUCGGCCGGCGAGUUUCCGGGCGGGGCAGAAACUCGAAACCAGCGUGAGGGGAGGAGGUCGCGCAGCCGCUCAGGUGUCUGCGCCCGGCUCCGGCUCCCGCCUAGCAACGGCCCGGCCCCUCCCCCCCGGGGCACCUGGCACCGCGCUGCCGCGCCCCGCGCCCUUCGCUCUCCCGCUCCCCUCUGCCCAGCCCCAGGCACGCGCCCCGCCAAAGACUGAAGGAGCUGAAACCAAGCCCCUCUGCACUGGUGGAGGGGCUGUGUGGCUGUCAGCCAAGACAUCAAUGGACCAUGACACGGGCAUGUGCUAGUCAAAGAUACCCCUCACGUCUUGACAGCAGAAUUGUUGAUCAGCACCAACAAUACAUUUCACACUGUAUUGUGAAACUGAAACACAUAGCGGUCACAAGUGAUUUUUGCGGCACUACAUUGAAAGUUUGAUAUAUCCAGAAAUGGAACAUGAAGGGGCUGACUGUGUUCUCAUUUACACUAUCUGUGCGUAAAUGUGCAGAUUCUUUUGGUACAUAUAUAAAGGAAAAAGGAUUGACUUGAUUCAGCAAUCUUCUUGAAUUCUUCAGGGAAGAAGGCUUUCAGAAGGAUCUCUGCUUAUCUCAGGAACCUUUUGAAGAGUCUGUAAUGCUGCAGUCUUGGUCAAUUGGGGUUGAAUUUACCAAUCAUAUGAUUCUAAUGGUGUAUAUGAAGGUACACUGGGAAAUAAAUUUGACAUCCAGACUUAAAAACAAGGCACAGCUGUUGAUGAGGGGCGAGCCACCCCAGCCGAAGCCAAGGGAGCUGCAGGCACUGGCAGGCACACCAGGACCUGAUGCGCCAGCAUAUCUCGAUCAUGCAAGAUCUUCAACAAACCCUUGCCCAGAAGUACCACGAGGAGGCCGAGUGGUGCAAGCGCAUGUUGGGCAAGCUGGGAGGAUGGUGGGCCACCAGUGGGUGACCUGUCGGAGGGCAGGGAUGAGCCAGGCACACAGCUCCAUGAAGGUGACAUUUCGCAAGCAGAAGUUGCUGAGCCACUGCUGGUCGUCGAGCCACUGCUGGUCGUCCCACCACUCCAGGCCCAGGCAGUCCCACCAGUCAGAACUGGUGUCCAGCCUCCAAAUUCGCCUCUCCAACAUGAAGUUCGGGGGCAAGGCAUUAAUUAUGGCAAAGAGAUCACCUUUUCAGCAAGAGAUCUGAUGACAAUAUAUCUCUUCAUUAUAAUGUACAAAUUAAAAUGUUUUAAAGAAGCAUUUCACAGAGGUCUAGUGAAGUGAUCUACAUAUUUAUACUGUUAAUAAUGAAGUUAAUGUUAAUACUAGGCGCUGAAAGUGAUGUUAAAUCUAGUGCUCAUGCUUUUCACUUUAGUAGGCCUUGAUCCAAAUCCUGGUAUAAGUUAUCGAUGAAAUCAGUUUCAUGGCAUCAUAGAAAUUACAGCUGGAAAAGACCUAUUUUGUUACACCCUGCUCACACUCUACUUCCUUCAGAAAGUUCAAGAUGGUUCCUAACAACUGUAUACUCUAGGCUUCCUGAACUUGAAGAGUAGGAUCAGGAAUGUAGGUCAGGAAAGAGGUAUAUUGGCAGAGCUGUAUAGAGACGCAACCCAAGACUGGGAUUGCGGUGGACCCUCUGGGAUCCUGGUCCUGCUGCCAGAAGGGUCUUGGCUAUAGUAGUGAGAGGCUGUGCUAUAGUUUAUAGCUGAAGGAUGAAGCUGCGGGUGAGGGAAGGAUGGGUUAGGAGGGGAGGGUGGGUUACCUCACUUAGCAGGACAAUCAAGCACUUGUACAUAGGAAUGAUCAAGAGACCAUUUGUGGAAGCGGUGAGGACGAAUGUGGCCUGGGUCAGUGUUAAAAAUAGUUUUUACAGAUAUACUGGGAAGAACAACAAGGAGUACAGGGGAACUUUAUAGACUAACAAAUUUAUUAGGACAUAAGCUUUACUGAAAUACAGCUCACUUCCUCAGAUGCUUGAAGUGAAAGAAAGGCAGGAAUACAGAGAUUGGAGUGAAACAUCAGUGCUAAUUAAAUCAGGGUAGAUAUUGCUCACCUCCAACAGUGAUGAGAAGGUGAGAAUACCUGAAGAGGAAAUUACUUAUUGUAACUGAGAGAGCCAUUCCAUGAGUCUAUUCAGACAGCUUCUGAGGGAAUCAAAUUUACAUAUGAAUUCCAGCUCAGCGUUGCAGUCUGUUUUUUUAAGUUUUUUCAUCUAGGAAUGGCAACUUUCAAGUCAGUAACUGUGUGGCAAGAGAGGUUAAAGUGCUUCCCUACUGGUUUUUGAAUGUUACCAUUCUUGAUGUCUGAUUUGUAUCCAUUUUUU